UUGAGGUGUAAUGAACAUUUAAUAAACAGAACACAUAUGACAUGUUUACACGCACAAAACCAUCAUUGCGGGAGGCAGCCAUCUUGCUCUUGCCGCGUGCUGUUGUUGGAGGACCCUCCCAGCUUCAGAUUUACCAACAGCCUGAAUCAAGAAAAGUUAGCCAGACUUCAGGCUCGGGUCCGGAUAGGGGGCAAGGGUACAGCUCGCAGAAAGAAGAAGGUGGUACAUAGAACAGCUACAGCUGAUGACAAAAAACUUCAGAGUUCUCUAAAAAAACUGGCUGUGAAUAAUAUAGCUGGUAUUGAAGAGGUGAACAUGAUUAAAGACGAUGGGACAGUUAUUCAUUUCAACAAUCCCAAAGUCCAAGCUUCCCUUUCUGCUAACACCUUUGCCAUUACUGGUCAUGCAGAAGCCAAACCAAUCACAGAAAUGCUUCCUGGAAUAUUAAGUCAGCUUGGUGCUGACAGCUUAAAAAGUCUUAGGAAGUUAGCUGAACAGUUCCCUCGGCAAGUGUUGGAUAGCAAAGCACCAAAACCAGAAGACAUUGAUGAGGAGGAGGAUGAUGUUCCAGAUCUCGUAGAAAAUUUUGAUGAGGCAUCAAAGAAUGAAGCUAACUAAAAAAAUUUUCCUGGUGUUUGGAAGCUGGCAUGGACUAGAUUUAACAAAUCAGCUAUGUGGUUCCAAAGUUUUACAGACCGGACGAGCCUCGUGCAGGGAAAGAA